CAAUGAUUUACUUCCCUCAGUGUUGGAAGAUUAGGUGGUGAUUUAUCAGAAAGUAUAGCAGGAAAAGACUUGUCAUCAUUGCUAAGACUGCAGGUAUUGGCUAGCUGCAAGUUCUGGCUAGAAGGGAGCAGGCCAGGAGAGAGGAGUGGAAAUGCUGACGAGGCUCCAGUUCUCCCUGUCGGUCAUCCUGCUGCUUGCCUGUGGCUUCCUCUACCAGCUCAGCCUGAAGUCCAGCUUUCUCUUCUUCCACCUGCUGCCCUACAAGUCCCAGCAGGGGCUGGAAGCCCUCCUGGGCCACGGGCGCUGCAUCGUGUUCCUAGAGACCUCGGAGAGAACGGAGCCCUCCCCGCUGGUCUCCUGUGCAGUGGAGUCUGCUGCCAAGACUUAUCCAGAGCAGCCUGUGCUGUUACUUAUGAAGGGUCUCAACAAUUCCACGCAGCUGUCCCCCAACUCUACCUCCCCAGCCUUUUCCCUCCUCUCAGCGAUAGACAAUGUCUUCCUCCUCCCUUUGGAUAUGAAAAGCCUGUUUGAAGACACACCGUUGUUUUCAUGGUACACUAGAAUCAACAGCAAUAAAGAGAGAAACUGGCUCCAUGUCAGCUCCGAUGCGGCCCGCCUGGCCAUCAUCUGGAAGUAUGGCGGUGUCUAUAUGGACACUGAUGUCAUCUCCAUCAGGCCCAUCCCUGAGGAAAACUUUCUGGCUGCACAGGAUUCUCAGUUCUCUAGUAACGGGGUGUUUGGAUUCCUCCCCCACCACCGUUUCCUGUGGGAGUGCAUGGAAAACUUUGUGGAAAAUUACAAUCCAGGUAUCUGGGGCCAUCAGGGUCCCAAUUUGAUGACGAGGAUUCUGAGAGUGUGGUGCAAACUCAGAGACUUCCAGGAGGUGAGUGACCUCAAGUGUUUGAACUUGUCCUUCCUACACCCCCAAAGAUUUUAUCCCAUCUCUUUUCGAGCAUGGAGGCGCUACUAUGAAGUCUGGGACACAGAGCCGAGUUUCAACAACUCCUAUGCCCUGCAUCUGUGGAACUACAUGAACAAGGAAGGGAGGGUUGUGGUUAGAGGAAGCAACAUGCUGGUGGAAAAUCUUUACCGUAAGCACUGUCCCAGGACUUACAGGGUCCUGAUUCAAGGUCCAGAGGGGUUGGUUACUGGGGAGCAGGGGCCAGGUAACAAAUAGAGCCAAUGCUGGGUUACUGCUGCUACAUUGUGGAACCGGCCACUUCCUGGAAGUGCACCCACAUGACAGUUAGACAGUUACAAUUUUCCACAUCAUUCCACCAAAAAACUAUUUGAACUAAUAAAUGAAUUCAGUAAAGUUACAAAAUCAAUACACAAAAAUCAGUUGCAUUUCUAACCACUAAUAAUGAACCAUCAGAAAGAGAGAGAAAACAAUCCUAUUUACAAUUGCAUCAAAAAGAACAAGACAUCUAGGAAUAAACUUAACCAAGGAUGUGAAAGACCUGCACACUGACAACUUUAAGACAUUGAUGAAGAAAUUGAAGAAGAUACAAAUGAAUGGAAAGAUAUCACAUUCUCAUGGACUGGAAGAAUGAAUGUUGUUAAAAUGUCCAUUCUACCCAAAGCAAUGUAUGCACUGAAAGCAACCCCUACCAAAAUUCCAAUGGCAUCUUUCACAGAAUUAGAGAAAAGGAUCCUAAUAUUUGUGUGGAACCGCAAAGGACCCGGAAUAGCCAAAGCGAUCCUCAGAAAGGAGAGCAGGCUGGAGGCGUCUUGCUCCCCGACUUCAAACUGUACUAUGAACUCACCAAAACAAUGUGUGGUCCUGGCACAAAAACAGACACAGCGACCAGAGGAACAGACCAGAGAGCCCAGAAAUAAACCCACACGGAUGUGGUGAAUUAAUUUACCACAAAAGGGCCAAGAACAUACAGUGGGGAAAGGACAGACCCCUCACGAAAUAGUGCUGGGAAAACUGGAUACCACACACCAAAGAAUGACCUUGGACACCAUCUACAUCGCACACAAAACGGACUAAAAUCCAGUUUUCCGUAUCAAGCCCUUCCUCUCCUGGGUCGUCUGAAGACAGACCCCCGUCCCCUCCCCCAGCAGUCAAUUACACAUCGGCAGUCCCCCCAUUUUUCCUCAUAUUCUCUUCCCUUUUUCCUCACCUUUUUGGGCGGGUCUUGAGGAAACCAGGCUCCUCUCUACAUGGAAGCAGCCUCGUCUUGUCCUGAAGCUGAAUCCCUAGCUGGUCCUAAGGAGGCCCAGCAGCGACAGCCCAUUGCCGCCCUGGGGUGUCCAGAAGCCACGCCAAGCGGCGCAGGAGGAGACGGCGCUCGGCUCACACAGGUUCCGGAGUCAGCCGGUGCAACUCACGUGACCUCCUGACUGAGGAGGGCUCAGCGCCCCCUGUGGGCAGUCUGGGAAGUGCAGGCCGUGCGGAUCAGGAUGCACUUGCUUUGUUUACAACAGAAAAAUCUAUUCGUGUAUAAAAUAUAAAAGUUUAUUUCCCUCUCCUGUAAAAGUGAGGCAGGAAACCCCAUAAAAAGACUGGCAGGACCCCUAGGCAGGGCCGCUGCUCUCCUCCCACUAGCGUCCGGUUCUCUGACUGGGAAGAUUUAUCUCACUUUUUGCCUCUAAAGCGGCUAACUUACACCUAGAAUCCUAUUGGUUCCCUGAGAUCACUUCUGAUUGGUUAUUUCCUUCACUCCUGAUUGGUAUUACUCUCACUCCUGA